AUGAAUUUUUUAGCUUUUAAACCUGAGCUUCCAAAGUUAUUUUUUCGGAUUUAUAGUGAACAAUAUGAUAUUGAUCUAGCGAUUGAUAUUUCAGAAGGACUUCGAGAAAAGGCCGUUCCUGGUACACCUGAAAAUUAUGUAAAAAUUUAUACCGAAUGCUGGGAUAAUGAGCCAGAUAAUCGUCCAUCAAUGAAUCAAGUAGUUGAUAAAUUAAAUUCAAUUAUCGCAAAUUUGAACAAAACAAAAGAUGAAAAGAUGAAUAUUGAUGAUGAAGCAAGCCUUCAAUCAUCACAAUCAUCAGCACAACAUAUUUAUUCGAAUAGUCUUACUGCAAAUUUCAGUUAUACAACGCAAUUAUCUACAACGCAAUUAUCACAACUUAUUCAAAAUUUUAAUUUGGUUCAGACGAAUAUAUCUGAUAAUGAAUCAGUUAAUGAAUCAGAUAAUGAAUCAGUUAAUAAAUCAGAUAAUGAAUCUGAUAAAGAAUCUGAUAAUGAACCUGAUAAUGAAUUCAAUAAACUAAAUAAUUUAGCUAAACAUCCAAAUACAAAUGAAUUUCUUCUUGUAAUGCAAUAUGCUAAUGAUGGUGAUCUUCAAAGCUAUCUUAAAAACAACUUUAAUAAUUUAAAUUGGAAUGAUAAAAAAAUGUUAGCAUUUCAAAUUGCAGAUGGAUUAAAUUACUUACAUAAUAAAGAUGUUUUACAUAGAGAUUUUCAUUCUAAGAAUAUAGUUAUUCAUAAUAAAAUUGCUAAAAUUACAGAUUUUGGUUUUUCUAAAAUUGAAAAUAAUUCUACUAUUCAUAUUGGAGUUUGUGGUAGAGCUGCUUAUAUAGAACCUCAAAUACUUGCAAAUCCCAAGUUUCAAUAUAUUAAAGCUUCAGAUAUUUAUAGUUAUGGCGUAUUAAUGUGGGAAAUUUCUAGCGGAUACUCUCCAUUUAAUAAUAAUCCGAACAUUAUUGCUAUUGCUAGCGGAAAAUCUCGUGAAAAUACUAUAAAAGAAACUCCUAAAGAUUAUGAGAUAUUGUAUAAAAAAUGUUGGGAUCAAGAGCCUAAGCAAAGACCAACUACCAAAGAAAUACUCGAAGAAUUUUCAAAAAUGGGCUUUAGAAAAAUCAUUGAUAAAUCAGCAAAAAACAUUAAAGAAGAAAAAGAAGAAGGUUUUGCUGAGGAUGUAAGCAAUAAAAAAUCGGAUUCAGAAUCAACAAUUGAUAAUAUUCAAUUAGGUACUGUUGAGGAUUUAUCUGUUCCCUAA